GGCUUAGAGGCACCUUCCUUUCCCAGCCCAUCUUCUUCCAUUCGGGAUCCAAAUUGCGGCAGGCAGAAUUCCAUCUUCGCAACAUUUUGUAAAGGUUCGAACGUAGGACGACGCCUGGUGCACCUAUAAAACCAAACAAUGUAGUGUGUUUGUUUUUUGGGGACGUCUUUUAACCGCUUGGGACUGAACGACGUCGACGUUUUUUGGUCACCGGCGACAUUUUAUUUCCCCGGCAUUGCAGACGAAAGACUCAAACUGGCGGAAAUGGACGAACAAAGCGUGGAGAGUAUCGCCGAGGUGUUCCGCUGCUUCAUCUGCAUGGAGAAGCUGAGGGACGCUCGCCUCUGCCCGCACUGCUCCAAGCUCUGCUGCUUCAGCUGCAUACGACGCUGGCUGACCGAGCAGAGAGCUCAGUGCCCGCACUGUCGAGCUCCACUCCAGCUGAGGGAGCUGGUAAACUGCCGCUGGGCCGAGGAAGUGACGCAACAGCUGGACACGCUGCAGCUCUGCAGCCUCACCAAACACGAGGACAACGACAAAGACAAAUGUGAGAACCACCACGAGAAGCUGAGCGUCUUCUGCUGGACGUGCAAGAAAUGCAUCUGCCACCAGUGCGCUCUGUGGGGCGGCAUGCACGGCGGGCACACCUUCAAGCCACUGGUGGAGAUCUACGAGCAGCACGUGACCAAAGUGAAGGAGGAGGUGGCCAAGCUGCGGCGUCGCCUCAUGGAGCUCAUCAGCCUGGUGCAGGAAGUGGAAAGGAACGUGGAGGCCGUCCGGGGAGCGAAGGACGAGCGGGUCCGCGAGAUCCGGAACGCGGUGGAGAUGAUGAUCGCUCGUCUGGACAACCAGCUCAAGAACAAACUCAUCACGCUCAUGGGUCAGAAGACGUCCUUGACCCAGGAGACGGAGCUGCUGGAGUCUAUCCUGCAGGAGGUGGAGCAUCAGCUCCACUCGUGCAGUAAGAGCGAGCUGAUCUCCAAGAGUCCAGAGAUCCUGCUCAUGUUCCAGCAGGUCCACAGGAAGCCCAUGCAGUCCUUUGUCACCACACCGGUGCCACCAGACUUCACCAGUGAGCUGGUUCCAGCCUACGACUCCAGUACGUUUGUUUUGGUCAACUUCAGCACUCUGAGGCAGCGGGCUGACCCGGUCUACAGCCCACCUCUACAGAUAUCUGGACUCUGUUGGAGGCUCAAAGUCUACCCGGAUGGUAACGGAGUGGUUCGUGGGAACUACCUGUCCGUGUUCCUGGAGCUGUCUGCCGGACUUCCUGAAACGUCAAAGUACGAGUACCGCGUGGAGAUGGUUCACCAGACCUCUAGCGACCCGAGCAAAAACAUCAUCCGCGAGUUUGCGUCUGACUUUGAGGUGGGCGAGUGUUGGGGCUACAACCGCUUCUUCAGGUUGGACCUCCUGGCCAGCGAGGGCUACCUGAACAUGCAGACGGACACGCUGGUUCUCCGAUACCAGGUACGAUCGCCAACUUUCUUCCAGAAGUGCAGAGACCAGUACUGGUACAUCAGCCAGCUGGAGUCUGCACAGAGUGGCUACAUCCAGCAGAUCAACAACCUCAAAGAGAGGCUGGCCAUCGAGCUGUUCCGCCACCGCUCGUCACGCAGCUCCUCGCCCCCUGACCUGAGGGUGGCGGCAGGGAGCGCGACCUCCGAGCGAGACCCCCGCACCGCCAAGACAGACGGCAACAUUCAGACCGCGCUGAGCAAGGGCAAAAAGGGUGACGAGGACUACGAGCGAACCGUUCAGGACGACUCUAACGAGCUCUCGGACGGUGACCUGGAAGUGGACUGUCUCACCGAGGAGGAGGUGAACCCGCUGGAUGGCAGCAGCACCUCGGGGAGCUCCACGGCCACCAGCAACACCGAGGAGAACGACAUCGAUGAAGAAACCAUGUCUGGCGAGAACGACGUGGACUUCAUUGGGAACCUGGACACGGAGGAAGGAGAGCUUCCUGAUGACUCUGAUGGGGCCUCUGGUAGUCCCAGCUCCUGUCUGCACGCAGCCUUUCACAGCUCCGCAAUUGGCCGUGGUGCCACCGGAGGAGGCGGAGCUUGCGCCGGCGGCAGCAGCAGUCUCCUGGACCUCGACCCGGUCAUCCUGAUCCAGCUGCUGGAUCUGAAGGAGCACAAUAACAUGGAGUCCCUGUGGGGUCUUCAGCCCCGGCCCCCGGGGUCCCUCCUCAACGGCCAAGCUGGUUUAACCUCCAGGAAAGAACGCGAGCGCCGCCCCCAGGUGGUGCGGCGCUCCACCCCGGACUCGGCGGUCCUCGUGCGGCUCAAGGCGCAGAUGGCCGAGGUGCGCAGCAAGAUGUCCGACAUCAAGAGCCAGGCGCCGGAGGGCCGCGCGAGCGGCGAUUCCAGGCUGGGACCGUCCGGGAUCUUCGGUGCCGAAGAAGCGCCCUCGCACCACCUGGAGGCGGCGGACGGAUCCAAGCCCGGCGAGCUGGCGCUGCUCAGGAGGGCGGCCGCCGUUCGAUCCAGACCGUGCCGCCCCGGCAGGAAAUCCCUGCAGUCGGCCCUGGAAAGCGGCAACCUCUCGGUGGGUCGGCAGAGGAGCGCGGAGCAGACCGAGAAGGACGCGAGGGGAGCGGACGCGGCCCCUGAACUCGGCCUGCAUCUCAAGGAGCCCGCUGACGGAGGAGUGAAGGUGACCGACAGCGCUCAGGUCGCGGCGGAGCAGGCCUCCUCCAAGCAGCACCCGUACGCGGCGUCCGGGUCCAGGGACGACACCUUCUCUUUGGUGGGGUCCGGCUACACGGCGGCCGGCAAGAACUGCGGCGCGAGGACCCUGGGGGCAGCCAUGUUGGACUUUGAAUCGGAAAGCUCGGGAAACUCCCAUCAUUCCUUGCUGGAGAGACCCUCCUCGCAGCUGGAGUCCGCUGAAGGCCAGUAUGCCUCUGACCCGGCAACACCAUCGAUCCUGGCGGCCGCGGUACCGACGAGCAGCGAGAGCGACACCGAGGACGAGGACGCACCGCGCAGCACGAACUCUCGCUACGACAACCAGACUCCGCCCUGCACAGGGGAGUCGCUGUCUGAAGACAUGACUGACAGGUGAGGAGUCCCCCCCCCAACGCCAGUCAAAACUGAAACUGCCUCUGACAUCAGCAAACAUUUCGUAGAACCGUAAAUAUUGUUCCACUCCACUGCAUGAUUUCAAUGAACAUUGUCUUCAACAUUCCAUUCCCCCCUCCCCCCACUCAUCUAACAUUAAAGAGCUUUAAUACAAAAUGUCAUUUCAAAUCUGGAAACAUUGUUGCCGUAGGAACAGCCUAGUAACGCGCUGAACAAAAUUUGUUGAAAUUUCUAAUUUAGUUUUUUUUUUUUUUUUUUUUUUCUGCACUGAAAUGGCCUCUGGAGGAAAAAUAAAGUUGAAGAUUUGGGCUGCUAAAAUAAUAAUAAUAAUAAUAAUUAUAAUAACCUGCACUUUACAAGCGUCCAAUCCCUUUUCUGCACUGAGCCAUAUUUGAGUCUCAAAUAGGACCAAGUCAUGAGAAUGUGUAAGUCGGCGGUACAUGUGAUCACGCUUCGUGUAUAUAAUACAUAUUUUCAUUUCAGUGGUUUUUAUUUGUGCUUGAGACGAGUCAAUAACAACAUGGCCUUUCAUCAAUAUUGAUAAAUUGACUUUUUUUUAUGUUUUUUUAAUGUUCUCUCAAUGCACUGAUACUUGUCGACUGUGUGACUUUGUGUUUUUCGUGUAAUAAAAAUCACGUUUUAUCAUGGAGUCGGUUGACUUUUGCGCUUUGAAUGAGGAAUGUAUAACGAUAAGCGGCUUGCAAAGCCUGUUGGGUAAAAAAAAAAAAUCAAACUAGGGUUAAAAAAAAAUGGGGUGGGGGUUUCGACUUUAAAAUGUCAUGCCAUGCUCCAAUUCGCUCAUCCUCACAAGGGUCACAGGAAGGCUGGAGCCUAUCCCAGCUAGCUUCUUGCAGACUACACCCUGAACCACUCCCCAGUCAGUCGCAGGACAGAUAUCGACACUGUCACCAAGGGGGAAUCUAUCCCACGCUGCCCGCACCAAAGGCAGGCGUGUGUACCGCUACACCAUCAGUGACUGCUUGUUAAGCUUAAGGUUUCAAAACUGGUAAGAUUUUCGAGGUAUUGUCUCAAAACCAUUUUGGAUUUCCAAAUCAGCAUUUGGGUUUCAAUGCGGGGUACCGAAACAUUGCUGGAAUACUGUGGAAUAAGAAUCAGAAUCAUCUAUUGGCUGAUAUGUUCCAAAUUGAAGGAUGGGGUUAGUGUCUGGAAAAAGUAAAGAGUGUUCCGAAAACUUGUCUAUGUAGUAGUACCUUCGUCACUGGUGAUGUAGUGGUACACGUGCCUGCCUUUGUUGCGUGCGGCGUGGGAUCGAUUCCCGCGCAGUGACGGUGUCGCUAUCCGAGUGGCCACCAGUUCAGGGUGUAGUCCGGCUUUCCUGCAACCCUUGUGAGGAUAAGCGGCUUGGAUAAUGACAUGACCAUUGAAAUUCUUUCUCCCCACUCGCUGGCCACCUGAAAAGUGUAUAACAAUCUUUUUUUUUUUUUUAGACUUAAUUUUUGAGCAUUAUUUCAAUCCCACGGAAACUUCCAUAGUACGCAUUUCUCCAUUUUCACAAUUCAUAACAUUUAUGACUCGUGAGUGAUGUGUGUCGGAUGCAGAUUUUUUUUGUGUGUGUGUAAAUGACAUGUGAUCUAUCAAAGAAUAACAAAAGAUGAGAGAAAAGUGGAGUUGUUCUAGUCUUUAUAUACAUGAUCGUUAGUCACCAGUUACAGUACACGUAUUUGCUGUAAUAUACUACAGGAACACAUCAUACACAUAGUGAUUUUUUUUUUCCUUUAAUACUGUCGUUUAAAUUUAUCCUGCACAUAAUCGGGAGGGGGGGGGCGCAUUAUCUUCAGAGCACGCAGGUUUUGUCCAGCAGACAAACCCCUGGAACGACCCACAGCCCCAACCCCCAACGCAUUAUUGCUUACAGUGAUAAGAAAAAUAAGCAUUUCUCAUAAUUUUUGAAGGGCUUUUACACACACACCCAAAAUAAGUAAAUACGAUAUGAGCCACAGAGAAAUUUUGUUUUUUACUUGGAAAAAUUUCUGUCAGGCAACCCAAAUCUGAGCCACAAAACGACAAAAGCCGAUGACUACCUUCAGCUUUGGAUAUGUGUUAUAAUUACAAAAUGCCAAUAUCACAGGAAAAGUUUUUUUUUUUCCAUAAAAUAUGUCCAGAAUUAGUAAUAAUUGCCAAAUGAGUCACCAAAACAGAAAUCGUCAGGACGUUAUUGCAGCCAUACAAUUUGAAAUCACACUUCUGCAAAGUUUGCCCGCUCUCGUUCUCUGUUUCUCAUACAGUAUAUUUUAAAAAAUAACAUUUUGUCUUUGCUCGCAUUUUCUAAAAGUGAAGGCAAUAAAGGAUUGGUGCUCCGUGUAUUAAAAUGUGUAAAUAUUUUACUUGGGUAUUGUGAGUAAAUUUCUGUUCCUCAAAAUGUGAUUUAAAAAAAAUA